CCCUGCAGGCUUCACAGACCUACAGUCUGUACGCAGAAGGAGCCAUGUUGAUGCCUGGUUUUGUGUCAACCGCUGCACUUUGGAUGGUUAAAGGACUGCGUGUCAAAGAGUCGGAGCCUCUGCGGUGAUUCCAAGCCCGCGAUGAGAAGAGGAGAGCUGGUUGGGGUGGUACAGGGAGCGCCAGAGGACAGCUGCUCUUAGGUCACCGGACAGUUGAUUCAAAGCAAGUGAAGUUGAUGCUAGUUAGCCUGUUAGCUAGGUAGCAACAGCUGUGCGGACGCUGCGUGGGAUGAGGCGUGUGGACUAAAACUGUAAUUUUGUCUGCUUAUUGCAUUUAGUCGAGCUAAUACCGACUUACCUGCUUAAAGAAUCUGUGCCUGGGAAACGCAGAGGGAUGCUGAAAUAACUGUUAGCCAGCUUAAGUUACCUUCGCAAAAGCUAGCUAGCCGUUAGCCAACUUUAGCAUGCUGACAAUCAGCUCGGGUCUUCGGUCACGACUAACAUUUGCCAGCUGAGCGGGUUUUGACUCAUCGCUACGUUUAGCCCGUCAGCCAGCUGCGGGGCAUCUUGCGUGACAAACCCCCCCCCCCCAAAUUAUACCAAGUGGAGAUAUGGCGACACAUCCAUUCUCUGGAAAGCUACCAGUUCGCCUGCUCCGCUCGCCAAGCAGAGGCUAACAGGCUAGCAGCAUAACUUUCCUCUCACGGUGUCGCUCAGAAGCUGCAGUGUUCGCUUCCUCGCUAGCCGACCGAUCGCACCUGAAGCAAGCUGGCUGCGCUCCGAGUAGAAGCCGAGGACAAGGAGCUGGCACCGCUGGCCUGGGUGCUGAAGAUGGAGGACGCCACCAUCGAGUCGGGGCUGGUGCACGACUUCGAUGCCAGCCUGUCCGGCAUCGGGCAGGAGCUGGGUGCUGGAGCCUACAGCAUGAGCGAUGUGCUGGCUCUGCCGAUCUUUAAGCAGGAAGACUCCAGCCUUCCCCCUGAAAAUGAGACCAAAAACCCCCCAUUCCAGUAUGUGCUGUGUGCUGCCACCUCGCCUGCCGUCAAGCUGCAUGAUGAGACGCUCACAUACCUAAACCAAGGCCAGUCUUACGAGGUGCGCAUGUUGGACAACAGGAAUCCAGGGGAGUUACCAGAACUCAACAACAAGAUGGUGAAGAGCACAGUGCGCGUGGUGUUCCAUGACCGUCGGCUGCAGUACACGGAGCACCAGCAGCUGGAGGGCUGGAAGUGGAAUCGUCCUGGUGACCGUCUCCUUGACAUCGAUAUCCCCAUGUCGGUGGGUAUUGUGGAGCCGAAGACUCACCCCUCCCAGCUCAAUGCUGCAGAAUUCCUCUGGGACAUGAACAAAAGGACGUCUGUCUUUGUGCAGGUGCAUUGUAUUAGCACGGAGUUCACCCCGAGGAAGCACGGCGGAGAGAAAGGCGUUCCCUUUAGGAUCCAGUUCGACACAUUCACACAGGGAGAUGGCGGCGAGUACACGGAACACCUCCACUCUGCCUCCUGCCAAAUCAAAGUCUUCAAGCCGAAGGGGGCGGAUCGUAAACAAAAAACUGACAGGGAGAAAAUGGAGAAACGCACGCCUCAAGAGAAGGAGAAGUACCAGCCUUCCUAUGAUACCACUAUUCUGUCAGAGACGAGGCUCGAGCCCAUCAUAGAGGAUGCAGGCGACCACGAGCUGAAAAAGUCCAGCAAGCGGACGCUUCCCGCUGACUGCGGCGACUCGUUGGCCAAGAGAGGGAGUUGCUCCCCGUGGCCAGACAACGCCUACGCCAGCACCAGCCCGGCAGCUACUCUCUCCUUCGCCUCCACGCCGCUGUCCACUUACACAACCUCCUCAGUUCCGGACAGUGAGUCAUCGUCCCCCAAUCACCAGGCAGAUCCUGGUAGCCAUGGCAACGCGGAGCAGCUGAGCCCCACUGCGUCCAUACAAGACACACAGAAGUGGCUAGUGAAAAAUCGCUUUAACUCCUACACUCGGCUCUUCUCUAACUUCUCAGGUUCAGAUUUGUUAAAACUAACCCGGGACGAUCUGGUGCAGAUUUGUGGGUCGGCAGAUGGGAUCAGACUCUUCAAUGCACUUAAAUCCAGGUCAGUGCGUCCCAGGUUGACAGUGUACGUCUGUCAGGAGUCCCCCCAGGACAGCCCCCUGGUGGAGAGACACAGCACCCAUGAAAACGGAGACCACAGCGCCUCGUCUAGUUUACACGUGUAUCACGCUCUGUAUCUAGAGGAGCUGACCGCUGCAGAGCUGAUCCGCAAGAUGGCGUGUGUUUGCGGCCUUCCGCUCGGAACCAUUAACCAGGUGUACAGACAGGGUCCCACAGGCAUCCACAUCCUGCUUAGUGACCAGAUGGUUUACAACUUGCCCGACGAGAGCUCCUACUUGAUCAGUACUGUCAAAGAUGAAUUGGGCGAAGGACUCCAUCUAAUCCUGAAGUAGUGAUGAGGACAGAUGGCUUCCCUAAUACUCAACCCUCUGUUUUGGAGCAGAAGCCUCAUUCUAUCCUUCUCUGCCUGUCUCUACUCUUCCCUUCUGCUGGCUCCCUCCCUCUCUCUCUUACACACACUCUCUCUCUCUCACUCUCUCUCUCUAAAUGAUUGCUCAACAGAAAGCAAAGAGACUGCGCUAAAGCCAUGUAAAUGUUAGAAUCUGACAUGGGUGUGUCCACUGUUUCAUAUUGAAAACGCUAUUAACAGGAGUUUAGUUUAGAGGAGAGACUGGGAGUAUAUACGGUUAAGGGAAAGACAAACAAUCUAUGUAUUCUGAUUUAGUGUUUGUUUUUGUUUUUUUAAUCUUUUGUAUUGUUUUUGCGUGGUGAAGGAAGGAGGCUCCAAGAAAGAGGGGAGAGUGACAACCUGGUCGCCAGGAGCCGUUUCCUUUUUGCUAGUUGCCCUUCCUACACAACACGCACAAUCAGCACUCGGCCAGUAUUUGAUAAUGCGUACUGCUGAACAGCAUGCGAUCUCCACAUAGUAAAUGACUUAAAGGAGAAUGCCCACUUACUGCUUGUUUGACAUUCUCUUUGAUGUCUUAAUAGACCAUUUGUUGCUCAGCUGAGUUUGACAACCCAUGAAAUAUCCAGGCCCAGAUUGAGGAAGAGGUGUCAUUUCUGCAAUUUGACACCGAUAUAGAUGUUUUGUUUCUUCUUUUUCUUUGACUUUGUCAAAUGGACUGAUUUAAUUACCUGCCACUGCUUCAUCCUGUGUGACUUUAGAUUUCCAGCCAUAUCUCUUUGUCAGUUGACAGGAUGUCACAUUUAGCUCAGCUGUUUUAAUGUAUGUCCUGUUUGACCUGAGCUUGUGUAGUUUUUAGUUUAUUCUUCUUGUUGCUCUCAUUGAUUUACUUGUUUCUGGUGCCAUAUUGGCUUUUUAUUGUCGUACUCACACACAAACCGAGCUCACACACCUCGUCUUUGACUUAUCUGCUUCUGUGUUGACUUUAUAACACUGGUUUAGAAUGGAGUUAACGCCUGGGAUUUUGGUCAAAAAUGUGGAGAGAAGGAGAAAUGAAUCUCCGUAAAGGACUGACACGUGGCAGAGUGACGCCUAUCCAAAACCCUACUAUUACGUGGACCAAACAGGUUUCAGAUUGAUAGGCUUUGUUCUUUUCCUUUCUUUUUCUUUUUUUUCUUCUUUUUUAAAGGCAAUUCAGGCAUUUAAGGAUUUGGUUGUACAGCUGAAUGAAACCCUCACAUUUGAGCUGCUUGUACGCUGCAUGUGCAAAGUAAGACACCAUCCAUUCCACAAUCUGCUCUGCAAGAAGCGUCCCAUCAUGCAGCGGUCUGGCAGAGUGCUGAAGCCUGGUUCGAGAAGUCUCCUUCAGCUGUUCCACAAAUUAAAAAAAAACACAGGAGGCACAGGUCAUGUUUUUUUGAGUGUCCUUACUUCAAACCGUGACCAAAAGCCUCACACCAGUGGUUUAGUUGACCUUGAUUUUGGUACAUGAUGUUGAAGUGCAUAUAAUUUGCACCCCUCAGCGAGUUUGUGUGUGUGUGUGCAUGUGUAUCAUUUUUCAUUCUUGCAAAGAAAACCUAAUUAUGUUAGCAGUUGUCAUAAACUUUUUCCUGUUGCUAUAAUUAAACUGUUUAGCUUGCUGUUUUAGUUUAAAGUAUGUGGAUGAUGGGGAAGGGAGGCAGGGAUACGCUGGUGCUUGGUGAGUGUAACCGCUCCUUUUUCCAGUUAGAGACCAAGCCUGCACUGAAAAAAUCACAAACCUAUAGCUUGAUGUGUAGUCAGUAGUCCUACCAUCGCACCCUCUAUUUAUCCACCUGAAGAGGAGGAGAGUGUCGAGACUAAAAAGCGUGUCUCGCCACAGGCAGGAUUAGAGCUCUGGUGGCGUUUUACAGGGACUCGAGCACCACGACUCUGUGUACUGUGCCCAUCAACCCACAAAUGUUGGUGUUGCAGAGCAGGUGUCAGACAAACCCCCGGUGAGCCGUUUUAGUCCCGUGACCGGCCUGACCAAUCGCCCGUCGGUGUGACUGAGUGUGUGCUUGUGUGAAAGAGUGCGAGCAGGUGAGGUGACCACUGUUCAUGUACAGCCCAAUGUCAAGGAUGAUGCUUCUUGUGUGCACAGUAUCGUAUGCUGGAAAUGUACACAACCACGUGCUGGGAAUAAAUGAUUUCAUAACUUUA